AUGGAGCUGCCCCAGAGUCAAUUUUCUUGGAAGCAAUGCAAAGCAGAGCUUCCUGGGAGAAGACACAAUGCCUCCUAUUGUCUCUGUCACUUCCCCUCCAGCCUCCCAGCGUUUCUGCGUCUCCUCGGGAGCCACUGCCCUGUGCAAAAGCUGUUUGCUGAUGCCCAGCCGGGGUUUCCAAAACCCCCAUGAGAAGUCGUUUCUGUCCACAGUCAUUGUUUCCAGAACAGCCAAGCCGACUGGGGAGGAGAGGCCAGGCCCAGCAACAGCAGGAAGAGACCCAGCUUGCAACACAGGCCCCCGGCGGCUGGAGUCGGCUCGUGGAUUGCUGGGGGGCAGCUGGUGCCAGCCCUGCUAGACGUGUCCAGGAUCGGGUCAGAGGCCAGGGUGGCUCACAUCCGGGCUCCAGGAGGGGGCUCUCGAGGGCCCAGGUUCCUGGAGGAGAACAGAGUGUGGAUUAUCCAGUGAGUCCUCAGAGUGCUCCCGGGAGAUUCUAUCCCCUCAGGCAGCCAUUUGGGUCUCUGCUUCCCUAACCACUUCCUCCUUCACCCGACCAUCACCUAGUCUCAAGGGCGUAGGCAGCUUCUGGAGGUGGCUGAGACUGGAAGGAUGUUGUCACACCUACCAGAUAUCCCUACAUGUAUCUCUACCACCCCCACUACAUAUUCUGAAGAACCAAGGUGCAACAGGAACCCAGGGUCUCAAGAGCCAAGGUGCUCAGGAUAGGGGAGCAUGACUCCAGAACUCAGAAGGAGCCCCUCAGGGGAACCUCAAGAGUGCUGCCUGAGUAACUCUCAUUCCACAAAGACACAACUGC